AUGGCCCCAAAAGGUCGCCCACCCAAGAAAAAGAGAAAUAUCUCGGGGCUGAAGAAUCAGCCUGCUCCAUCUGUAAUUCCCAUUCCGUCAGCCAUUGGCGAGUCUGCAGGCAAAAAUGCGGACAAGCAUUACCCCAGCGCUAACCCAGGCGAGCUACUACCCGAUGAUGAGGAGCAGGAUGAUCAGCCACCACAAGACAUGAAAGAUCUUGCCAGUAGUGAGCAGGAGGAUGAUCCUGAUUCUGAUUUCGAGUCCGAUCACGAGUGGAAGGGAUUGACAAGUCGAGAGCUUGGAAAAAAAUUGGCGGAGCUAUCAUGUGAGAUCGACGAAGAUCCAAACGAUAUGGAUUGGAUUCCGUACCGAUUGAGGCGUCUGAAGGGGAAGAAGAAAGAGCGUCCCAAAACCUACAUGAAAGGCCCGGAUGUUAUGAGUAAAUCCGUGCGGUCACAACAGCGCCAUGCGAAGGUUUUCAAGGAUCAGACCCAACUUGACGCAUUUUUCGAAGCGCGCCCGACUCGGAGCGGCUCUUCGAUUCCCCAAGUCCGACGAGUUUCAGAUCGCAGCAUAUCAUCUGAGGAGUCGGAAGAUUCUGUAGAAGUCAUUAGGGAGACUUACAAUAUUUCGGAUGGUGAAGAUAAUCGAGAGGUUUCCGUUGGCCUUUCCACCGUUCCGGAAUCUGAGUUAACCAUGGGGAAUUCUGACAAUUCAGCAUCAGAAGAGGAGGAACUUGGUGACGACGAUGAAGAAAUCAAUUUACCAAGCCCAGAACGACAAGCAGAGGAAAUGGAAGCAUGGGAGGAGGAAUUAGAACAGGAUGUCAGCAAUCCUCCGACAGAAAUCAAGGACUGGGCCACGCUUCGAGCACAAAUCAAGGCCGAUCUCAAGAAGAAUGCAAAGAAAUUUGCACUGUCUGAACUCAACAAACUCAUGAUAAUAUGCAACUUCGCUACCCUCCGUAUCAAAGGACGAUCACGCAUAGAAGCUAGAAGGUUCGAGCACUCGCGCGCCAUUACCAAAUAUUCGAACAACUUCCAAUCGAGCAUCGUGGUGUUACUCAAGGAUGAGCUUGUAAAAAAGCGAAUUCUUGAUUUUCUUCAAAGCCUACCUACUGGCAAGGUGACGCCAAAAAAGCUCCAAGUCGCCGUCAAUACAGUAAUUCUUCCCGCUCUUGACAUCACACCCAAAAAACCUAUCGGCACUCGCACUGCUCGACGCUGGCUUAUUAAACUUGGAUGGCGAUAUACACAAGUCAAGAAGGGAGUUUAUAUGGAUGGCCACGAGCGCGACGACGUUGUCAAAUAUCGUCAGGAUGUGUUUCUUCCUUUGAUGGCGAAAUUUGAGGCCCGCAUGGCUCAUUAUGAGGGGCCUGAAUUACGGUGUGUGGAACCUGUUCUUCAACCUGGGGAACGCGAAAUUAUACCAAAUUUCGAUGACGAAAGCACGUUUCAUGCAAAUGAGGAGGUCAGGAGUGUGUGGCUGCGGAAGGGAGAACAGCCGUUGCGCAAAAAGGGGCGUGGGCGCCUCAUUCAUGUCUCAGCAUUUAUUAACCCGGAAAAUGGCCGCCUAAUUUUGUUGGAUGAGAAGGGAGACGUUGUGCGAGAUUCCACUAAAAUCAUUUAUCCCGGAUCUGGCGGCGAUGCGUGGUGGGAUUGUGAACAAUUACUCAAGCAAAUGGAGGAGGCAAUUCAAAUAUUUGAAGCGGCACAUCCUGGGAAGCAAAGUCUUUUCAUCUUUGAUCAAUCUUCCGCACACGCAUCUCUGCCGCCUGACGCUCUCAAAGCCUUUGAAAUGAACAAAUCUGAUGGUGGAAAACAGCGACGUCAACAAGACACCAUUAUUCCAGAGACAAAUCCUGUGGAAGAACAUCGUGGUAAACCACAAUCAAUGACACUUCCCGAUGGCAAACCAAAAGGUUUGCAACGAGUUCUCGAGGAGCGUGGUUUUAACGUUCAGAAACUUCGUGCCAAGUGUUCUCCAUAUUGGGGGUGGUGUAAAUACCGCUACCGUGAAGUUGACAAAAAAACAUUUCAAGACGCAAAGAAUGCGGCUAAGCAAUAUCUCGAAGCAUGUCCCACCGAGGUCAUACAUCGAUUCAUCAAUCGCUCGUGGCGUUUUAUGAGUGCGUAUCGCCUCGGAUUGACAGGACACGCGGCAGCGUGGGCCGUCAAAAAGCAGAAGCAGCAUCGCCAAGUCUCCCAACGGGCGAUGAUGUCGAUUGAGGCUGUUCUCAACCCUUGA